AGUGACCCUAGACUGGUCCUGUCCUCUUGCGGCGACGGCAGCGACGGGCUCUUGUCACGUGAUCUAAAAAACAAACGUCGUCUGGUUUCGUUUCAAUUCCCUUAUCGCCCGUGUUUAAAAGCCUCCCUCUUCAUUUCGGGCGACCUUGUUCGCCCUACUCAUAGUCUGAAAUUUACGCAAGCUUCCGGACGGUCUAGUAUUUUAAACUCUAUCUAGUCGUAGUCAUGGCAGCUCUCAGGUGCGUCGUGCAGAGUGCUGUGCGAGGUGCAUCUUGCUUCAGCCGCGGAGUUUCCAAGUCGUGCCUUCAUCGCAGUUUGAAAUUUUCGCGAUCUUUCGGAGUCAGUGCAGCGAAUCACACUGAAAGGAGAUUCUCUGAAAAACACGAGUGGGUCACCGUGGAGGGAAAAAUAGGAACCGUUGGCAUUUCCCAGCAUGCUCAGGAAGCCCUCGGUGAUGUGGUCUACGUCCAGCCACCAGAUGUUGACCUUGAUCUGAACCAACAUGAUGAGUGCGGUGCCAUUGAGAGUGUGAAGGCAGCCAGCGAGAUCUACACACCUGUGUCUGGCAAGGUUACCGAAGUCAACAAGGCAUUGGAGGACAAACCUGCUCUCGUGAACAGCUCGUGCUAUGAUGAAGGUUGGAUCUUCAAACUGGAGCUAAAAAAUCCUGAUGAGCUGAAAUCUCUCAUGGAUGAAAAGGCCUACGAAGAGUUCCUGAAAUCCAGUGGUCACUGAGCUGACCAACACGACGUGCCAAGCUAUGUCACAAUGCAUUGUAAUGGAAUAUACAGGCUAGUCAUGUAUCGUCACAGGCCACAGUGUAGAAAGAAGAUACAGCAAGACGAAGUAAAAGUAGGAAUACACUGCUCAAGUUUUUUUUACAUUUUAUUCCUGUUCUGGUUGUGUAUCGUCCUUACCGAGAGUGCCUCACUAAAAAGAAGGGUCCAUAAAAUAAAUUUGAUAAAAACCAU